AUGUACACACAUUCCAUCACACUUCUUGUCAUUUCACACAAACGGCCAUUUAGCCAGCCAUGGCCAAAUUUUUGCUGCCGUUUGCCUCGAGUCUUAGAAUCGUCUAAAACUCAAACGAAUGCCCUUAAUGAAACACUUCUUGCCUUAAGCAGGCAGAACCGAGCCACCCGCAAAGGCUUGGCUGGAGGCCCCGAUUUGGUCAUUAGGCUUCAUUCUACCUGGAGCCCCUUAAGUGCCAUUUCCCCAUCAAGGGCCGAAAUGUUAACGGCCCUUGUAUGGCCUCGAAAACUCAGUCUCUGCCUCCCCCAAGAGUGCUCAGCUCGUGGCCACCUGCUUUCCGCAGCGAAUAAGCUUGCCUGGCCAGAAUGUUGCCCAAAUCAGGUGCGGAAAUCGCUGUCCUGA